AUGUGUACAUCGGACCAUUUCGUUUUGGGAGGGGGCGUAUGGGCGAAUCAAAUACUCGCAGAUCGACUGCAAGAGCAAGAGACGCUUUUGCGAGCCACCCACAGGACUAACCUGCAACUCAUCAAGGAACACAUUUCCAGCGCAGUACAGGAGCUGAAGGAUGAAUUCGUAGACCUGUCGCCUGAUACCGGCGAUCUCGAGUCGCAACUUACGGACACUGUCCAAAAACAAUGUCUUGGAAUUCGCGAGGAACUCGGAUGGAAGCUCAUUCAACUAGGACAAGAGCGGCUGAAGAAGGCCAAGGAGAAUCACGCCACGCAAUACGGUCUAAAUGUGGGCGUUGAUUUCAAACUACGUGCACCUGCUAUCGCUCAGGUCUGCCGCGAGUUGCGGCAAGUGGCCUCCAGGCAUGAGAUGCUCCAACGCAUACAGGGCGAUCAUAAGAAUCGUCCGGCACGGCUUUGGCUCAUACCCGAUCGUGAUGUAGUUCUUGUCCGCACAGAAACAGAUAAAGUCGUAUCGUCGCAGGUUAUAGAAAAUCUCCUCAUUGAGCCUCAAAAUAGCAUGAGGAUGUCGGCUUUUGUCGACCAGGCUUGGAUGCCGCAUUUACUGAGAAUUGCCCCAACUUCGGCAAUUCUAGGAAUUUUCCGAGGCUCAAGUCAAUGA